GGGCACACUUGUCGUUGUGUCUAUAUGGAAUGCAUAUACGUUAGCUUCCUCGAGCGCAAUCCACCAGGAGUCGGGGAUUUGUAUCAAGUGUGCGAGUGACACGCUCAGUUCGCACCCCCGCGAUGUCCUACUCACCUCCGCCUCUUCAACACCCGGUUCCGACUCACCCAACCUUUAUACCAGAACCACCUUCAACGCCAGCCUCACCUCAAGGUUACCAACGUUUUAUUAGUUCACCACCACCAGACCAACAAUAUGCCGCACGCACUCAGUACCAUUCUCCGUUUCCACCAAUCCCGAAUCCUCAACUCCAACACAUUCCCGACUUUUGGGACAUGAAUGACACUACUGCUCAAUUCUCGAUGCAUUUAGGUCAAACAGCUGUUGCUGUGGGGCAAGACUAUGUCCACAAAAAUUUUGCCGGUAUGGUAUCAGUCAAUGUCCUAAAACACCACUUCAAUGUCUCCAACUCGUAUGUAAUAUACAAACUCCGGCUCAUCAUAUUCCCUUGGCGCCACAAACCUUGGACACGAAAAAUCCGUCGUACAGAUGCUGGUCACACAGAAUGGCAGCCUCCUCGUGAUGAUAUCAAUAGUACAGACCUCUACAUACCUCUCAUGGCACUCGUCACCUACAUCCUCGUAGCAGCGUUGCAAACAGGUCUUCAAGAACGAUUCCACCCCGAAAUCCUCGGCGCAAGCGCAACACGCGCUCUCCUCGUCGUCCUACUCGACUUUCUAUUUGUCCAAUGUGGCUGCUACCUUCUCAAUGUCCAAGGCACGGGUCACGCAGUAGAUUUGAUUGCUUAUGGUGGGUACAAGUUUAUCGGCGUCAUCGUCACACUCUUCGCAGGUCUCCUUAAUCUAGGCCAAACUAUACACGCCCUUGUAUUUGUCUAUGCAUUUGCCGCAAAUGCCUUAUUCAUAGUAUGUCUCGUCCCUGUAAUAUACAUGUUGGUCACUACUUACACUGUGUAGCUUCGUUCCCUUCGCUUAGUGGUCCUUCCGGACUCGCCCGCCAACGUAGGCACUGUCAACCCCGCAUCUAGAAAACGCCGCAUCACGUUCUUAUUCCUGGAGGCUGUUUUGCAGGUGAUCUAUAUGGGUAUUUUGGUAAGGGUUUGAGUACUUUCUGGGAGGAUCCUCCGUUUGUAA